AGAGGCAGAUGUAGACUUAAAACUAAAGAAAGCUUUGACUAUUAUUCUGUACAUACCUGAGGUGUAUGAAGACAUGCGGCUUAUAUCCAAUGAAAAUGUAAAAAACAUAGGAUACUUAAUACUGCAGGAAAGGCAUGCUCUUAAUAAUAAUUUGGAUGAAAAUACAAUAGACACUAUGGUUUAUAUGAUUAGUAUUGUAAGCUAUCUUAUAGGGGUUACACAAAAAAAUCAGAGUUUAGAAAAAAAUAGCUUUAGUAUUAUAAAGCAUGUUCUCUUGGAUAGAAAGGGAAUAAAUAUAAGUGACACCUACUCUAUAUUCAAUCUAGUUUUUGAGUCAAUAUCCCUGUUUUAUUAUUACUCAACAGAGGUGGCUUAUAUGGAAAAGAAAUGGGUAGAUUCAUUAAGAUGUUUAAAUGAUAGAAAGUACAUGUUUUUACCAGCUGAUGAUAAUCAUUACCUGUUAGGAGCAGAUUUUAUUAUGUACCAAAAGUACAUAGAGUUUAAAAUAGAAAUGUCAGAAUUAGAAGCAGGAGGACAGGACAUCCGAUUUAUGUAUAAGGAUGCAGUGUUUCUGAACAAAGUACCCCUUUCUAUUCUAGAUCACUACCAUGUACAAUUCGUAAAUAAUACGACCCAUUCAAUUCAAAUGAUCCAUCUUCCAAUAUAUAUUCAUCAAAAUGGUAGUAAUAUAAAGAUGUUGGUAUACAUUCAUAAAAUUAGAGAUAUUAUACUGCAUAUACACACAAUGCUUAACAGCAAUCCAUUAGUAACUGUAGAGCCCAAAAAACAUGUAAUGGCGGAUUCUAGUAAUGUACUGCACACAAAUAUAUAUCCAUUUAAAUUCAAUCCAACAACUAACACGUGGUCAAUAAUCCCACAUGGCAGCGAGGAUAUGAAUAAAACCAUUAAAAAAAUUGAGGAUGAAGGAUAUUACGUUGUGUUUUACCUAAUAGAAGAAGACAUACUGACAACAAACUUUAUACUUGCAGAGUUUGAUUUCAUCAAAAUUAAACCAGAUGAACUGCAGCAUAAAGAUAGACAGUGCGCCCCUACCUCAGAAAUAUUCAAAAUACCAAUAUUUCUUUCUUAUCUUUUUAUAUCUAGUACAACAUUUUCUAACUAUUCUAUGGAGAAUAGAGAAACAAGCCAUUUUGCUAAAGAUAAAAGUUACACAGAUCUGGUUCCUUUAAAAAUCACAUACAUACAUGUAACCAAACUAGAUGAUAAAACAUCCGAAGGUGGCAAGGACUUAAAAAACUUUAAAAUUUACUAUCCAGACUUUAUUAUAAGAGCUUCAGACAGUAAAUAUGAAGACAUACAUUGUUAUUCCAUGAACACUAGAGUUGCCUUUGACAAUGAUAUAUACAGUAUAACGUGGUUGACUCAGAUACAAAAAAGCAUAAACGAGUAUACUAUAUAUGAAUUUAACAAUAGAGACAUUGAUCAAAGAGAAAACAACAGUAAAUAUCCAAAAAAACUUAUUUAUUCUUUUAUGGAAACAGCGAUUAACUCAGAUUCAACUAUAGAUAUGGUGAACUACGGGAUUUGCCUGUAUAAAACAGCAAAUAACAUGUAUAGUUCCUCGCCUAUUUUUUGCAAUACUAUAGUUAGUCUGUUUGACAUUCUAAAGAAAGAUAGUACAAUAUUAAAUGAUAUUGAUGUGAGAUCUAAGACAAAUGAUUAUAUUAAGUUGGAUAAAAUAUUAAAAAGUCCGGGUGGGUUGAUUUUUAUAAAAAGUACUAACUAUAGACUGACAAACUAUGGCCUACAUGGGGAAAUUCUAGAUAUUUUAACACAUUCAGAUGUCUAAAAUAAAAAUAUUAUAUUCUGCUAAUUCAUGUGUUUAUUAAUGAUAUACACUUUAAUUCCUGCUGUGCCAUAAAAUAAAUAACCGA